GAAGGAGAAGUUGUUUAGCAGAUGAAAUCAUGCUAAAAAUGGAUCUCAUGACAAAUCCUUGUCAGAAUUAAGAAAUUAUAUAAAAAACUAAAAGUUAAUAUGGAUGAAUAUGAAUAGCCUUCCUAUAUAAUAUAGAUCACCUUAACAAAUAAUAUCAAUGAGUUUUAAAUGGUAAAGAAAGGUAAUCUCUCUGUGUCUUGUAGGAGACAUUGUUAAUAUAUUUAGUCUGUUUGGGAAUAAAUUGCUAUGUAGGAUAUGAUUUUGUUCCAUAGGUGUGGGUAUGGCUGUUAUGCUUUUAGUCUUUUAGACACUGUACCAAUAUGUGAUAAGCACCAGCAAUAAGGUGCUUAUGAACUAAAUAAGUCAUAUUACUUUAUUUUCACUUAUUCUAUUGAAUAACACUAUGGGAAACAAACUGUCAUGUUUUGUAGAAUCUGAUUCUAAAAGAAAUAUAGAACAGAAUGAACUAUAAACUCCACUAAGAAUCAUCUGAACAACUGAAAUAUAUAUAUUUCAGGGCUGCUGUGAUAUGCAGGAGAUUCAUUCAAUGUGGAACACAGAGAAAGGAAACCAAUCAUCCAUCACAAAAUUCCUCCUUGAGGGUUUUGGAAAUGUCCCAGAAUUGCAGCCUCUUCUCUUCUUGUUCUUCCUAAUUAUUUAUCUUGCAACAGUGAUUGGGAAUCUCCUCAUUAUAUUGUUAGUUAUAGCUGACCAUCAUCUUCACACCCCCAUGUACUUCUUCCUAGCAAAUUUGUCCUGCCUAGAGACCUGCUAUAGUUCAAUCAUUUUACCCCAAACAUUGGCCAAUUUGUUCAGUGGUCAGAAAUCUAUUUCUUUUACUAGAUGCAUGACCCAAUUUUAUUUGUUUGGCUCUUGUGUUAGUAUAGAGACAUACCUCCUGGCUUCCAUGUCAUUUGAUCGCUAUCUAGCCAUUUGUAAGCCUUUGCUCUAUGCAAUUAUUAUGAAUAAAAGACUGUGUUUUCAACUUAUAGCUGCAACAUGGACAAGUUCUAUAAUGGGUAGUGGCAUUGUGAUGUGUUUGAUGGCUCAGUUAUCCUUCUGCGGACCCAACAUUAUAGACCAUUAUUUUUGUGACUUCUUCCCUGUGGUAAAAUUGUCAUGUAGUGACACAAAACUGCUAGAACUUGUUACCUUCAUCUUGACUUUUCUUUUCACAAUUGCACCAUUUCUACUCACUCUCAUAUCGUAUUUUUGCAUAAUUGAAAAUAUUCUAAAGAUAUCUUCAACUACUGAAAAGCGAAAGGUUUUUUCAAACUGUUCCUCUCAUCUCAUGGUGGUUGGAAUUUUUUACAGUACAGUAAUCAUUGUCUACAUGUUGCCAAAUAUACCAAUUUUGAGGCAAUUCAACAAAGUUUUCUCUGUUUUCUACACAGUAUUGACACCUCUGAUUAAUCCUCUGAUCUACAGCUUAAGAAACAAAGAAGUACACAAAGCCUUUAAAAGACUGUGGUGCAAAAUGAUACAUUUUAAAGAUUUUUAGACAAAUGCAUAAUGUUUUAUUAUAAUCAAUUGCUUUUUUUUAUAUUGUUUCCUAGAGUGAGUUUGUCACAUAUUGGUUCCAUUGGUUGGAAGCUGUUAGUAAAAUAGUAACAUAAUGUUAAUUGUAUUAUGGCAACAUCUAAAAUAUUGAUCAAACAUUAAGCACAUUUUCCCUAAGAUAAUGUUUCCCAUAUAAACUUUGAUUUUAUCAAAAUUGCCAUCCAUCCAUCCAUAUCCUUCAGGUAUGUUGGCUGGGAAAAUCAGGAUUAUCAAUUCAAGAAAAUUAGAUGGAAGCAGGAUGUGGAAAGCUAAUAUACUGUAGUUUUCUAUCCACUUUUCUCUUGGUAUAUUUGUUACUUAUAAAUAUGACUACAUUCUAUUCCAAUCACUGCAUAAUUUGAUUGCAAGGAACAAUGUUUAGUUCAGGGGUGUCAAACUGCCGGCCCACGGGCCAGAUGCAUCAUAGCAAAACUGCAUCCACCCUAUUGCUGGCAAUGGAAAAAAAGUCACAAUAUGUUGUGACAUGUCACAGGACAUUGUGAGUUUGACACCCCUGUUUAGCUUUUCUUUAUAAUGCAAUUUGUGUAUUUUUUGUGUUUUCCAAACAAAAUUGAAAUCCAUCACCGAAAAUAAGGAUAUUUAGUGGAAAUGAUAUACUGUUGACCAAGAAGAAAAUAGGAUUGAAUGACAGAAAGUGAAGAGGCAUGCUGGAAAAUACUGAAGCUGGACAAUAUUAUGCUAUGCUGGAACAUUUAACAGCUGUUGUUGAAAGAAAAUUUCAGAGCAUUUAACUAAAAACAGAGUUUUGUGCCAGAAGAGUUAUUGAAAUAUUAAUCUAUGCUUGAAAGAUGUCUGGUUACAGGUAAUAAUUUGUUAUUAUAUCAUAUUUCCAGGGCUCUUUGAUCCAUUAUAUUUACAAUUAUAAUAAUCUAAUUAAUAUGACUUUCUUUUCUCUGUGGCUAAUAUUUUCUUUCACUAUUUGUCAGUUAUAUGGUUCUUUGAAUAUGUCAGUUUGAUAAUCAUUUUUUGUUACAAAUGUUAUUUGCUACAUCAUAUGCUUUUUAUUUUAUGAAUUGGUCAAUGUCUAUAAUAAAUGUAAUUGUGUGCAUUGA